AUGUCUUACAAAGCAGAUUUACGGCAAUUAUUAAAGCCAUAUUAUUGGUUCAAUAUAAUAUUAAGUAUGUCCUACGUUACGUGUAAGAGGACGGGUUAUAUUUGCAACUUUUUGUUCCCAAGUUCGGACUGUGAAUUGGAUAGCAGAGAGACGGAAAUAUUAUUUUUCCUAAUUAUAGUCGUUAUGUUGAGGACGAGGAAGGCGGGAAGUGUGACUAUGGUUAACUAUUUGUCGUCUUCAUUCGUUUAUACGAAGAUAGCUAACUUAAUUCUAUGGUUUUACGCGGAUAUACGAUAUGGCCUGCCCUACGGAGCCAUCCUAAUUCUAUCAGCCUUACUCCUCCCGGAACCAACCUACAUGGGCCCAGAACACGUAACUUACUUCCGAGGCCCUCAGGUCCUGGAUGAUGAGCUGAAACAUCAUAAGAGCACCACCUGGAUUGUCUGUCUGUAUGCUGCUUGGCAUCCAGCUUGUGUGAACUUUGCACCGGUGUUCGCUGAGCUGUCUGCAAGCUACAGCUUGGAUAAUUUGAAGUUUGGGAAGCUUGAUGUCGGCAGGUACCCUGAAGCAGCAGCUAAGUACAGAGUACAGGAUGGCCCGACCAGCCGCCAGCUGCCGACGGUGCUGGUGUUGUCUGAGGGACAGGAGAAGAUGAGGAGACCACAGGCUGACCAUACGGGGAAACUGCAGAAGUUCCUCUUUUCAAAAGACAAUGUCAAAGCAGCGUUUGACCUGGACGGCAUCUACCAGGAGUGUAAGCAGAGACUGUCAGCUGCCAAGAGUAUCAAGAAGGAUGAGUAG